AUGUUUUAUUCGAAUGGCAUAUCAAGACAAGAGUUAAAAAGGUAUUCACAAUCAGAAGGCUUAUGCUUUACCGAUUUAUUAACAAAGCUAGGUUACACCCCUCCACAAGAUUUUUGCACAGAUUCACCUUAUUUUCAAUGCGAUGGAGUUUUAAAUAUAAUUAAAAUGGACUUUUCUGGAAGUCCUCAGUUAACAAAUGAUGUUAUACAGAAUACGGAUGUAGAUUGUAUUGGACCAAAUCUCAAAACAAUGAUUACCUCCAAAUGGAAUAUAUCUGAUAACUUUUUUGAUUUUGCAACAGAGUCUUUAGAUCAAAUGUAA